GUUGUCGCCUUUACUCACCGAAGCUCGCGCAGUUCGUCGCACUUUCACACAGAACACGCGACUUACGAUUCAUUUGCAUUGAAAAAAUAAAUAAUAAACUGUUCGAAAUUCAAAUUUUAAAAAACAAAAGAAGACUAAGGUUUUCGUGGACUGCUUGAUUAGAAGAUGAUUUAAUGUUUUUUUAUUCAUUUUGAAGUUUUUCGGCCAGUUAUCCCGAAUCCUGGUUUAAUCGGUGUAACUGCAGUGCAUGGACGGGAAAGAUGCGUGUGCCACUGUUACUUUUGGUUACUGCCACGUGCGCACUCGCCAUCAACUCUAAUGAAGAAGAAGAACGACGAUCUAAGCUACCAUUCGUUGCCGACGCUGUGGGCAAUGCUCUUCCUCCACCUUCAAGUGUACCAGCAACAGUAGGAAGUCCGGUAAAUCUUUUGACGCCUGAUCGAUACGAGUUCUAUACUUUCGAUGAAUCUGGUGAGCUCGUCAAGAGACUAAUGACUUUAGAAGAAAUACAGGCGAUAGUUGCUGCAGGUGAAGAUGCCGAUGGCUUGGUCACAUUUGCUAAUGACAAUCAACCAACUGUAGCUUUUAACUUUAGUCAACCUGCAUAUACGAAAGUACACAAUGUAGUUACUAACGUACAAAACGUAUUAAAAGCUCAAAUGGAAGCACAUAAAAAUAAACCUCAAAUACAACCUACUUUGGACACACCUGAUGUUUCAGAUUCAUGGAGUCUCAUUUUACCAUCAAUAUUUGGCAAUACUGGUAGUGUCGACAUAGUUCCAGAUAAAAUUCAACAUGCAGGUACUUUUACAACACCGGACACAGAAACUAUAGAAUUCAGUCAUCAUAAUAUAGACUCAUAUGAUAAUUCUAUUGGUAAGGAAGGCAGUAAUAAUUUAAUCAGUUCAACAAUUACAGCAGACGAAGAACCUAAGGUUGUAUCUGUGACCGAAAAAUUACUUCCGGUGAUUAAUGAAGUUAAAGCAGUGCCGACUACAAUCAUAAGUACUACGAGUACACCAACAACGACUAGUAAGCCAACAACUACCAGUAAGCCAAUAACUACCAGUAAGCCAACAACUACCAGUAAGCCAACAACUACCAGUAAGCCAAUUACUACCAGUAAGCCCAUUACUACCAGCAAGCCCAUUACUACCAGUAAGCCCAUUACUACCAUAAAAACAUUAGCUACAACAGUUACUCCUAAACCAGUUAUCACUACGGUGAGAACAUCAAAACCGAUCAUCAAAUCUACUACAACUAGUAAUCCGAUAUUUACAACUACAAAUACAACGAAAGCUAUUAUUUCUGCAGAAAAUUCUAAUAGUACAUCCAUUAUUCCAAGCACUACAACAACUACAACAACAACAACUACUACUACUAUAAAGCCACGUAUUACCAUAUCAACAACUGAUAAACCACGCAUAACUACAACUAGUCUAAAGUCAAGUACUACUUCUGAAACAAUAGUAAAAAUAACUCCUAAAAUUACAACACUAAGACCUACGACGCAACCUCAAAAACAGUCUGACCAUAAACUCAAUAAGAUUCAAAUUCAACUAAAUUCCAACAAUACUUCUGAAAUAAAUAAUAAUAAUACGCAUUACGAAAAAUUAAGUACAGUCGUUCCGAUGUCAACAACAACGUACGCAGUAACAAAAACUACUGGAAAACCAAUGCAAAUCACGAAAUCUGAUAUUACAUAUGCUAGUACUACUAAAAGAGCAGUGCCAAUGCCUACAAGAUUACCACUUACUACUACAGUAAAAAAUAAAAUUUUUACAACUUCCAAACCAUCAUCAACCCAUUUCACUUCUAUUACUUCAACAAUGAAACCAAUAGAGGAAGAUAAUGAAAAAAUAAAUACAACUACAGUAACCACUCAGUCUGUAUCUCCUUCGACUACUGUAUCUUCAACUGAAUUUCUAUAUACAGAUAAAAUAAGUGAUUUAAAUGUUCAUCAAACCGACGUCGAUAUUUCUGAUAAAAAUAUACCGAAUUUACCUUUAUUUGAUGUAGCUCAAAGCAUUAGUCAAAUUGCGUCGGAUCUGGGUGGAAACUACAGACCACUACCAACGUCUAGUUAUUUAUUAGAUACAACAAAAAUUAAUGGUAUUAAUUUAGAAAGUAAGGAAAGCUUAGAAAUGGACAUUCCUAUCGACACCCAAAUUGAUUCUGAAACAAAAUCCUCAAAUAACACAGAAAGCAAUAAUUAUAUAAAAAUUUCUACCCUAGAUCCUCAUCAUCAGAACAAUGUAAAUAAUAAAUCUGAAGAUUUUUCAUCGAAAAAUAUUAGUACCACUACAAUUGAAACAACAGAAAAAAUAGAAUCUACUACGGCAUUAUCUGAAAAAACAACAAUUGACCCAAUCCUGUCGGAGUCUAUGGGUGACUUGUUAUCACAAAUAGUUAAUCAACCACAAACAAUUUUGACUACUGAAAAACAUGCAAACGAUAUAAAAUCAGAAACGACGGAAAAAAACUUAGAAACUACAUCUCAUGAUUCUUUAGAUAAUAUAAAAACUACAGUCUUUCCUAGUGUUGAUGAAAAACAAGAACUUACAACCGUAUCCCAAGAAGUAAAUUCUGAUUUACCAAAUAUUGAAAAUAGAAUUGCAGUAAAUGACAAUAUUAGUGGCAUAUCAAAUAAUGCAAUACUCGUUAACAAAACUGACAUUCAAAAGGAAAUCAAAGAAAGUAACAAAAAAUAUAUUGAAAUUUCAGCUUCGGAUAGUAACAAAAAUGCAACGAUAGUAAACCUAUCCCACGUUAUAAAUGAAAGUAAUACAAACAAAAAACCAGACGAUAAAGAAACUAAUAAUUUCCUUAAUAGUGUAAAGAACCCUACUGUGACAUUAGUAGAUGCUAUUAAAUCUGAAACGACGACUGAAAUAUUAUCUAAAACAGAACCAACGACGACUGAAUAUAGUACAUCAUCAAUUACAGAAAGCACUACAAUAUUGGCUCUGCCUAUUAAAAAUAAAUAUGAAUCAAGUAAUAAUAAGUUAACUAAUAAUUAUAAAGAUAAACUGCAUGAAUUAUUACCCAAAAUAGAAGAAUUUAAAAAGAAAAUUCAGAAAGUGAAUAUUGAUGACAAAGAAUUAGCUGCAGAACGCAAUAAUACGUGGAAACUGAUAUCAACUGUUACGCCUCCUAAAACUAAUGAAAUACCUAAAGAUAAAUUAAAAAAUGAGGUCCACCAUUCAUCAAAUGCUCAUAAAGACAUAAUUUUAGAUUUCUCAAAAGAAAAUCAAGGUCUCGAAGUUACAACGAAGGAUCUAGGAGAAGAUAUUUCCCAAUUUACAGAAUUAUGUAAUGAAUUAGCAUUUAGAUAUUGGAAUGCAAUAGUCGAGAACAUCGAUAAAAGAAGAAGUUUUAUAUUGUCCCCUUACUCCAUAACUUCAAUGUUAGCUAUGAUGUUUAUGGGGGCAAGAGGUGCAACAUCCGGUGAAAUGAAUGAAAUUCUGAAGUUGGAUGAGAUGGUGACAUUUAAUCCACAUUUUACUUUAAAAAACAUUUCCGAUUCCAUAGAAACUUCCCCAGUGGCUGGUGUUAUUGUUUCAGCAUUUGUAAGAGAACUUUAUAGUGAUAGAAACAAAGGAAAAAUUUUGACGUUUUAUAAAGAAAGAGCUCAACACUUUUAUAAUGGCCAUGUCGAAGAAAUAAACUUUAAAUUAAUUGGCGAUAUUAUAAGAAGAAGAACGAAUUUACUAGUGAAAAGAUAUACGUGGGGAAAAAUUCCUGAGUAUAUGAAAUCUAAUUCCAUUAAUAUGCAACCACCGUUAGCUGCUUUUUCUGCUAAUAUUUUCCAGACGGACUGCUCAGGAUCUUCUGUCGAGGGAAGAGAUGGUGAAAUGUAUUUUGUAGUAUCUCCGAAUGUGCGACAAAGGCGACUUGUUCCAGUGCCAGCAGUAGUUUAUAAAAAUGGAUUUUUAGCGGGAUACGAUCCAGUACUAGAUGCUACUGCCGCUGCUCUAGGAAAUACUAACUCCGUGAUUAGUACACUGUUCGUGAUGCCAGGACAACAAGGUAACGUUGUCCAUUCAGAAGAUCUGGAAGGUUUAGAACAGCGUUUGCUGGAUGCCAAUCCAUCGACACCGGCAUGGAACAGGUUAUUACGUACUUUGCUUCCAAGAAUAGGUUUAGAACUUCAAAUUCCAAGAUUUUCCCAUAAAUCUAUCUUCAACGUGUCAUCGACAUUACGAAAAAUGGGAUUGAAAGACUUAUUUGAUGCAGAACAAGCAGAUUUAGGUGGUUUGAAUGGCCCGUCAAAAGAUCUUUAUUUAUCCGAUAUGAUUCAGACUACAACAUUUGUGACUUGUGGAGAAGGUGUUAUAGGGGACCAACAUCAUGUGGAAGAGUAUCCUGAAUCAUUAGGAGUAACAGCAAAACGUCGCUCUUCUAGAUGGGCAAAUGAUUGGGAUGAGCCAAGAGAUUAUCAGCGAGCUUUUCAUGACCCACACGAUGUCGGAGAGGCCAUGCAUUUACCGCUACACCUCCGUCCGCGACAGGCACGUCUUCCUGCAAGAGACGCUCAGCCAGCUCGAUUAAAAUUCGACAGGCCUUUCCUUUACUUCGUAAGGCACAAUCCAUCUGGCAUGAUAUUAUAUGUCGGCAGAUACAAUCCACGGCUUCUGCCGUGAAGACAUUAAAAAGACUGUUAGUUUAGUGUAAUUAAUUAAUUCCUACAAGGAAAGUGAUAAGGGAAUAUACUGGCGCGUGUGAUAUAUGGAGAUGUUUAUCGACGAGCAUUUACGUGACAGUAUUACUUAUAAGUGUAUCAA